CCCUUCCCGGCCCGGUAGCGGCGGCUCCGCUGCUGCCAUGGAGCCCGCCGGCCUGGAGCAGGUCCUGCGAGAGCUGCUGCUGCCUGACACCGAGCGCAUCCGCCGGGCCACCGAGCAGCUCCGGACCGCUCUUCGGGACUCUGCAGCCGUGCCGGCGCUCUGCGACCUGCUGGCCUCGGCAGCCGACCCUCAGAUCCGCCAGUUGGCCGCCGUGCUCACCCGCAGACGGCUGACCACCCGCUGGCGACGGCUGGCAGAGCAGCAGCGGGAGAGCCUCAAGUCCCUGGUCCUGACGGCUCUGCAGAAAGAGACGGAGCACUCGGUGAGCCUCAGCCUGGCUCAGCUCUCGGCCACCAUCUUUCGAAAGGAAGGCCUGGAGGCCUGGCCACAGCUCACGCAGCUUCUUCAGCAUAGCACACACAGCCCGCACCUCCCCGAGAGAGAGAUGGGGCUUUUGCUGCUCAGUGUGGUGGUGACCUCCCGGCCCGAUGCCUUCCAACCCCACCAUCGAGAGCUGCUUCGGCUUCUGAGUGAGACCCUUGGCGAGGUGGGCUCUCCCGGUCUGCUCUUCUACUCGCUGCGCACCCUGGCUGCCGUGGCGCCCUACCUCAGCACCGACAACGUGCCCCUCGCGCGGAUGUUGGUGCCUAAGCUCAUUGCUGCCGUGAAGAGUCUGAUCCCCAUAGACGAGGCCAAGGCAUGUGAGGCCCUGGAAGCCCUGGAUGAGCUGCUGGAGUCCGAGGCGCCUGUGGUCACUCCCCACCUGUCCGAGGUCCUCGCAUUCUGCCUCGAGGUGGCUAGAAACGUGGCCUUGGGCGAUGCCAUACGUGUGCGUAUUCUCUGCUGCCUCACUUUCUUGGUCAAAGUCAAGAGCAAGGCCUUACUGAAGAAUCGCCUCUUGCCUCCCUUGCUGCAAACCCUCUUCCCCAUUAUGGCUGCCGAGCCCCCCUUGGGCCAGUUGGAUCCUGAGGACCAGGAUGAAGAAGAGGAGUUGGAGAUCGGGCUGGCAGGGGAGACUCCCAAACACUUUGCUGUCCAGGUUGUGGACAUGCUGGCGCUACACCUGCCCCCAGAGAAGCUCUGUCCCCAGCUGAUGCCCAUGUUGGAGGCGGCCUUGCGGAGCGAGAGUCCGUACCAGCGCAAGGCUGGGCUCCUGGUGCUGGCGGUGCUGUCCGACGGAGCUGGAGACCACAUCAGGCAGAGGCUGCUGCCUGCCCUGCUGCAGAUUGUAUGCAAAGGCCUGCAGGAUUCCUCGCAAGUGGUGCGCAACGCGGCGCUCUUUGCCCUGGGCCAGUUCUCGGAGAACUUGCAGCCCCACAUCAGUAGCUACUCAGGGGAGGUGAUGCCGCUGCUCCUCGCCUACUUGAAGUCGGUGCGUCCCGAGCACACACAGCACCUAGCCAAGGCCUGCUACGCCCUGGAGAACUUCGUGGAGAACCUCGGGCCUAAAGUGCAGCCCUACCUUCCGGAGCUUAUGGAGUGUAUGCUGCAGCCUCUGAGGAGCCCCAGCAGCCCCCGGGCCAAGGAGCUGGCUGUGAGCUCCCUGGGAGCCAUUGCCACGGCCGCCCAGGCCUCCCUGCUGCCCUAUUUUCCCACCAUCAUAGAGCACCUGCGGGGAUUCCUGGUGACGGGCCACGAGGAUCUCCAGCCUGUGCAGACCCAGAGCCUAGAGACGCUGGGGGUGCUGGCGCGAGCAGUUGGGGAGCCCAUGAGGCCCCUGGCUGAGGAAUGCUGCCAGCUGGGGCUGGGCCUGUGCGACCGAGUGGAUGACCCCGACUUGCGGCGCUGCACGUACAGUCUAUUUGCAGCCUUAUCGGGGCUGAUGGGCGAGGGCCUGGCACCCUACCUUCCACAGAUCACCACGCUCAUGCUGUUGUCGCUGCGUUCCACUGAGGGCAUUGUGCCUCAGUACGAUGGAAGCAGCUCCUUCCUCCUGUUUGACGACGAGAGCGAUGAGGAGGAAGAGGAGGAGCUCAUGGACGAGGAGGAAGAGGACGACGACGACUCCGAGAUCUCGGGGUACAGCGUGGAGAACGCCUUCUUUGAUGAGAAGGAGGACGCCUGUGCCGCCCUGGGGGAGAUCUCCGUGAACACCAGUGUGGCCUUUCUUCCGUACAUGGACAGUGUCUUUGAGGAAGUAUUCCGACUGCUGGAGUGUCCUCACCUUAACGUGCGCAAAGCAGCCCACGAGGCUCUGGGCCAGUUCUGCUGUGCACUGCACAAGGCCUGUCAGAGGUGCCCAUCAGAACCCAACACUGCUGCUCUGCAGGCUGCCCUGGCACGGGUGGUGCCAUCCUACAUGCAGGCGGUGAACAGGGAGCAGGAGCGCCAGGUGGUGAUGGCGGUGCUGGAGGCCCUGACAGGGGUGCUGCGUGGCUGUGGGGCCCUCACGCUGCAGCCGCCCGGGCGCCUCGCCGAGCUCUGCACCACGCUCAAGGCCGUGCUGCAGAGGAAGACAGCCUGUCAGGACCCUGAGGAGGAAGAGGAGGAGGAGGAGGAAGAGCAGGCCGAGUAUGACGCCAUGUUGCUAGAGCACGCUGGAGAGGCCAUCCCCGCCCUGGCGGCCGCGGCGGGGGGAGAUGCCUUUGCGCCCUUCUUUGCUGGCUUCUUGCCGCUGCUGCUCUGCAAGACAAAACAGGGCUGCUCAGUGGCCGAGAAGUCCUUUGCCGUCGGGACUCUGGCGGAGUCCAUCCAGGGCCUGGGCUCGGCCUCAGCUCAGUUCGUGUCCCGGCUGCUGCCUGUGCUGAUGAGCAGCGCCCGGGAGGCAGACCCCGAGGUGCGGAGCAACGCCAUCUUUGGGCUCGGCGUGCUGGCAGAGCACGGGGGCCGCCCUGCUCAGGAACACUUCCCCAAGCUGCUGGGGUUCCUUUUACCCCUCCUGGCACGGGAGCGACAAGAUCGUGUCCGGGACAACAUCUGUGGGGCACUCGCCCGCCUGCUGAUGGCCAGUCCCACAAGGAAACCAGAGCCUCAGGUGCUGGCUGCCCUGCUGCACGCCCUGCCACUGAAGGAGGACCUGGAGGAGUGGGUCACCAUGGGCCACCUCUUCAGCUUCCUGUACCAGAGCAGCCCUGACCAGGUCGUAGAUGUGGCUCCUGAGCUCUUGCGCAUCUGUAGUGUCACUCUGGCGGAAGACAAGAUCCCACCAGACACAAAGGCCGCGCUGCUGCUGCUCCUGACGUUCCUGGCCAAACAGCACCUCGACAGCUUCCAUACAGCCCUGGGCUCGCUGCCAGCUGACAAGGCUCAGGAGCUGCAGGCCCUGCUGGGUUUCAGCUAGAC